AUGGAGCCAUAUGUCAAUUCAACAACUUUUACCGAAUUCUUCCUUCUUGGAUUUCCAGGAGUUCUUCCAGAAUAUUAUGGAGCAGUUGGAACUCUUCUUCUCUUCAUUUACCUCAUACUUGCAGGAGGGAACCUGUUUAUUAUUGUAUUUGUGGCUUAUGAAAAGAGCCUCCAAAAACCAACCUAUCUUAUCUUCUGUAAUCUUGCUGCAGUGGACUUUGCUUUUGGAACUGCCACAAUGCCCAAAACCAUUGCAAAGUACCUGCUUAAAGAUGAAACCGUGCCAUUAUAUACCUGCUUUGUUCAAAUGUUUUUCAUCCAUUACUUAGGGAGUGUCACUUCUAUCCUUUUGCUAAUAAUGGCUAUGGAUCGAUUUAUCGCCAUAUGUAAUCCUCUCAGAUACCCAACUCUGGUUACAAACUACUCUGUUACAAUUGUAUGUGUAGUGUGUUGGGUGAUUCCAGUCUCUUGGAUGACAGUGAUAGCUGUGCAGACCACAGCUGUACCAUUCUGUGACUCCAAUGUAAUAACUCAGUGCUUUUGUGACCACAACUCGGUAGCUAAAUUGGCCUGUGGUGACUUAAGGGCUUCAAGGGUGUUUUCCUUUAUUAUGGCUAUGUUUGUUCUGUUGGUCCCCCUUGCUUUUAUCAUAUUUUCCUACAUAGCGAUCAUCCUCACUGUCUUAAAAAUAUCUAAUGUUCAAGCAAAGUACAAAACAUUCUCUACAUGUAGCCCUCAACUUCUUAUCAUAUGUCUUUACUAUCUGCCCAGAUGUGCUGUCUAUAUUGCUGAUUUGAAAGUUCAGAUGAGCAAUGAUGCUCGCAUUAUGAUCAGUAUGUGGUAUAGUUUGUUUCCCCCAUUAGUCAAUCCAAUUAUAUUUUGCUUUAGAACAAAGGAAAUACGAGAAACUUUAAUAAUGACAUUAAGAAAAAGGAAGAUCAGUGAUCAACUGAAAGCUGCUUUUAGCUGA